CUCUCUCUCUCUCUGUCUCUCCCUCUCUCUCUGGUUCAGUCCGUGCUGCUCCUCUGAUCGCGCGCGCGUCAUGCCUCUCUCCGCCGCCUCUUCUUCCUCGCGCUCUUCAUCACUUUCCUCUACCUCUCCUGAGCCGCGAUGGGGAAGCUCGAGGACAACAGCAGCACAAACAUAAACAACUACACCUGCGUGCGCCCUAACAGCAACAGCGGCAACGAGCGGAUCAUCCUGAACGUUGGGGGCACGCGGCACGAGACCUACCGGAACACGUUGCGCACGCUACCGGGCACGCGCCUGGCGCUGCUGGCGACCGAGCUGCCCUCGUCCGCGUGCGCCGUGACGGCGGCGGGCUGUUGCGGUGGUCAUAGCAACGCGCUCGAGCCUCACCACCCGCUGCAGCUGCACCUCCCGCAGCAACAGGUGCGCGCGCGCGCCAACAACGAGUACUUUUUUGACCGGCACCCGGGAGUGUUCGCCUACGUGCUGAACUACUACCGGACCGGGAAGCUGCACUGCCCCGCGGACGUGUGCGGCCCGCUGUUCGAGGAGGAGCUCAGCUUCUGGGGCAUCGACGAGACGGACGUGGAGCCGUGCUGCUGGAUGACCUACCGGCAGCACCGAGACGCCGAGGAGGCGCUGGACGUCUUCGACAUGAACGCGCUAGGUGGAGGACCCGAGGGACCGGGCGGUGAGGACGGCGACGAGCUGGGCGAGGCGGCAGAGCAGCGCGAGCACGCGGAUAAGGAGCGCGAUACGGGCUGGAGGCGGUGGCAGCCCGUGAUGUGGAACCUUUUCGAGGACCCGUACUCUUCGCGCGCCGCACGGUUUGUGGCUUUUGCUUCUUUGUUCUUCAUCAUGGUCUCUAUCACCACCUUCUGCCUGGAGACCCAUGAGGCCUUCAACACGAUCAUCAACAAAACUGACGCGUUACGGAAUGACAGUUUGCUGGAGGUUUCCCCACAGUAUGAAAUAGAGACUGACCCAGCGCUUACCUAUGUGGAGGGCGUCUGUGUUUUAUGGUUUACUUUCGAGUUCUUGGUCAGAGUGACAUUCAGCCCUGAUAAGCUGGAGUUUGUAAAGAGUGUCCUGAACAUCAUUGACUUUGUAGCCAUCCUGCCCUUUUACCUGGAGGUCGGGCUGAGUGGCCUUUCUUCCAAAGCUGCUAAAGAUGUGUUGGGAUUCCUGCGCGUCGUUAGAUUUGUCCGGAUCCUUCGGAUUUUCAAGCUCACCCGGCAUUUUGUAGGUUUGCGGGUCUUGGGCCACACCCUUCGGGCAAGCGUUAAUGAGUUUUUCCUCCUCAUCAUCUUCCUGGCCCUUGGAGUCCUCAUCUUUGCCACCAUGAUCUACUAUGCUGAACGAAUUGGCGCUAACCCCAACGACCCCACAGCCAGUGACCACACCAUGUUCAAAAACAUCCCUAUUGGCUUCUGGUGGGCGGUUGUUACCAUGACAACAUUGGGCUAUGGGGACAUGUACCCACAGACAUGGUCAGGUAUGCUGGUGGGAGCACUGUGUGCCCUAGCAGGCGUGCUAACAAUAGCCAUGCCUGUGCCAGUUAUUGUGAAUAACUUUGGUAUGUAUUACUCUCUGGCCAUGGCCAAGCAGAAGCUACCCAAGAAACGUAAGAAGCACAUCCCCCAGAUGGUUCAGGUGGGGUCCCCAGGCUACUGCAGGACUGAUUUCACCAUGGCCUGCAACAACACCCAGGGGCGUGGCCUGGAGCGCCACAGAUCAGUUUUAUCAACAGACUUCAGUGUAGGAAGUGACAUCACCAUGUCUCCAGAGGAGCGUGUGCCAAUGCGCCGGGUUAGCAUGCGUGAACCUGAUCGACAUCAUGAAAGAACUUGUUUCUUAUUGGCUCCCAGUGACUACACCUGCACUGCAGAGUCCAACAUCCACAAAACAGCUGCCAUGAAACCUCUGGCUGAGGUUCAGCUAAUAACGGCCAGAGCCGGGGAAGGAGGGGCCAGCACGGACUCGGAUGGAUUCGACGAUCUGGAUUGGACAGUGUGGAAUAGAAUAACCCUGUGAUUGGACGUUGUGGACCUGAUAUGUCUGUGAUUGGACAAUAUGAAAUAGAAAAAAAAAGACUGGUUAACAGUCUGAAAAUUAAAUCGUCCUGUUAUUGGACAGUGUGGAGUAGAAUCACACGUGAUUGGACAGUGUUGAGUAGAAAAACCCUGUCAAUGAACAGUGUUAAAUAACCCUGUGAUCGGACAGUGUGAAGUAGACCACUUGUGAUUGGACAGUGUGGAGUAGACUCACUUGUUAUUGGACAAUGUUGAGUCAAACAAUUCUGUAACUGGACAGUUUAAAAUGGACAAAGAUGUGUGAUUGGACACUGUGAAUAUAACGAUUUGAUUGGACAAUGGAAAACCUAGGAGGAAGAAUUGGACCAUACAUAAGUAAGGUAACCCUGUGAUUGGACAGUUUUUGGAUUACACGCUGUUGUACAGGCUGGGACAGUGCUAAUGCUAAUGCCCCCCGCCUUUCUGGACUCCACCCCUCAGCCUCCACUUCCUCACCGGAGAGCAGCAGGUAGCGCUCAUCACACGCCUCCCUAAGCCCCGCCCAGUGUGGUGAUGGUCCUGGCAAUAAGUGUAGAAGUUGUGUAGAAGAAGUCGUGGAGUUCCUGUGGAGCAUCUGUAGAACUGCCCCGUAAUAAAUGUGACCUACUGUCAUCAUGGCUUUACCCUGAUUUAAUACUUACUGUGGAUUAUUUAUUGCUGUAUGUGUGUGUGAGUGUGUGUACACUGUUAAUCCUCACGUCCCGGUUUCCCAAGUGUGAAAGAGUCUGAUGUGCAAUAAAAACCCAACCGAUACACACUGUGACUUCAGUUACACACACACAUACACACACACUGCACACUGUAGACUCUAACACUGAAAAACCUUUGCUUUAGCCGAGGAGAGAUUAAGGCGGAGUCAGUAAUGAUACAGAUACAGUUCUGUUUGUUUGUUCCAGAUCACUAGAAAAGAAAUAAACAUGAUUUCUGUCACCCCGAGACUAAGAAUAUUGUUCAUCAUUUUAAUCAAAUUAUUAUUUUUUACCUUAAUUUUUAACUUAAUUUUAAACUUAAAUUCUAAAGGGAACACAAAUAAAUAUAUGUAUUAAUAAUAAAAAAUACAAGUUAAAACAGUAAUGAGAACGUAAAGUUUCCACUAACCGUAUUAAAACAGUAAUGUUGAUGUAAAAAUGGUACCAAUAUGAAACUCCUAUUAAAGUGACCAAAUAAUGGAACUGUUUUUUGCUGUACCUGUAUCAAUGUGGACACAGCCUAAACAUUUACUGUGUGUGUGUGUGUGUGUGUGAGAGAGAGAGAGAGAGAGAGAGAGAGAGAGAGAGAGAGAGAGAGAAAGGUUCUAUCUGUGUUCUAUGAUCUGCUGCUUAAUGGAGUCAGGGCACUGUUUAAUGUGAAUUAUGAUGAAAAACUGUAAAUCAUUUAUUUUUGAAAAGUGUAAUUGUGUGUGUGUGUGUGUGUUGUGAGUCGACUCUGUGUAGGGUGUGAACCGGUGUGUAUCGUUCUAUGUUCUGGUUUCAGUGUGUUCUGGUUGUAGAACCCUGUGUUGGUGUUGUGGAGCAUGCUGACCUGUGGUGGUUUCCUGUACAGAACUGCUGGAUGUGAAGUUGUGUGUAAAGUUUUACUGAGCUCACAUAAACCUUCCUCACCCUCACA